GGACUUCUUUCCGUCUCGUGGGGCAUAUAUAAGGGCACUCACUGUCCAGUCUGCAUUCCUCAUCCGCCUCUUUCUCACAUCCUCUCAACGACCCAUAUCAACGACCCCAUAAUGCGCUUCUCUGCUACCCUUGCUGUCCUUGCCUCGGUUGUUGGCUUUGCCACUGCCGCCGACAACCGUCUGCUGUACCAGCUCCCCAGCUCUGAAACCCCAGUCAGCUUCGCUGUUGCUUUCGGUAACGCUUGCGCGUCCUACGCCCCCGCCCUCGGCGCCGGACUCACUUUCCGCUACUUCCAAGUCCAGCCUGGCAACUUCCAGGGCCAAAACACCGAGACCCAAGCCAAGAUCUUCUGCAGCUUCCAGGAUGCUGCCGGCGUCGCCUCCCUUUUCACCAAUGAAGUCGCCACCUCUGUCGGCGCGACUGCUCUCUAA